AUGGAUAUAAUUGGACUUUGUCUACCAUUAGUUGACUGUGCCGCAAGGCUUGCAAAAGAAGCUUAUAAAACAGCAGAAGAUGCACGCUAUACCAAGAAAACAUGUCUGUUAUUAUCUGAUAGAUUAGAAGCGGGAUCACGUGCUUUGUCUGAUUUAUAUAGACACAGGGAAGAAAAAGAAAAGGAAGAAAAAUUCAAAAGUAGCAAUUUCUAUAACAGCCUUCAAAGUUAUGUAAAUGCAGCAACUGAAAUCAAAAGAUUUAUUGAUGAGCUUGCUGAAUCGGGUGGAGCAAUGAAAUAUCUUAAAUCUCGUUCUCAUAAAGUGAAGGUUAAACAACUUGUAAAAAGGUUCGAUGAUGCCAUUGCUGAUUUAAAAUUAGGAAUAAAUAUUGACGAAUUUAAAAAACUUGAUGACUUGGAAAGUAUAAUCGAAACCGAAUUUAAGAAAAUGUCAUUGACUUUAGAAACAAUUGAAGCCAGUUUAGUUACUCAAACAAAUGAUAUAAAAGAUAUAAAAUUAACGAUGGAUACGCUUGCAUCAAUGAAUAAUACUGAUAGCAAACAACUUGACAACAUCAAAACAAUUCCUCCUGGAGAUUUAAAAGAUCCAGAACCAGAAGAAGUAGUAAAACGUGGAAAAAUUACUAAAAAAUUAUUGAAAGGGAUUGAACCAGUAGCGUGUAAGCCACUUACAGAUGAAAUUCCACCUAGAUGUAGAAGUUCUAGCAACAGUAGUACUAAUAGUAGUCUUGGUAAAGAAAUUCUUCUUGAACUUGAUGAUGAUGAUCUUUCAUUAGAUACAUUGAGUUUAGACGAUAUUGAACAAGUUGGCGAUCCUUUGAAGGCUGCUGAAUUUUUGAAAUAUUUGGAAAAAGCUGCUUUCCAUGAAAAUCAAGCCGCUUUAUAUAAUUUGGGAAAUAUCUAUUAUGAAGGUAAAUUAGGAUUACCAAGAAAUCAAAAACAAGCAAUAAUGAAUUAUAAAAAAGCUGCUUUGAAAGGUCAUGACAAAUCAAUCGAUAAACUUAAAAGCUUAAAAAUAAAUGUUUACGAUGAUUAA